GAAGAGUUUUGAGUCAACCUUGCUGCUGUUGCGCUGCAUCGAGCUGCGAAGCUAUCGGUUGCUUCAGUUUUCGUCGCAAGAGGGGCAUUAGACCUUGCGUUGAGCCUCCCAAGCGAAAGUUCUUUGGAAAAUCGACCGCGGGUUCCUGAAUCCUUUCUGCAUUGGGGAACACACGCGAAUCCCAUCAGGGAAAUCACGGGCUCCUCUAGGCCUUUCUUUAAUUAUCGCGACUACUCGUCCUGGGCCUAGUCCUUCCCCGAUCAGCGCCAUCUUGUGUUGCCAUCUCCUUGACCUCGUCCUCCAUCCCCUUUGCCUUUGCUGCGUGGUUCUCUUUCUGCAGCCGUCUUGCACGGAGCCCGGUCACUCGUUUGCCUUCACUUUGAUAUUUGACCACUUUCGUGGAUUUCCUUCUUCGAUUCUUCCCUAUAUAAUCCCGCCCCUUUUCUUUUCUUCUGAAUUUCACACUCCUUUACCGCCUUGACGCGAUCGUUUCCUGACACCCGAACCUGUCGUUGCAAGGAUAUUCGGACUUAAGCCAAUGGGAAUGAUAUAGAGACAAGAGGACCGAUACAACAUGACAGAGCGCUUAAACGACCUCGCGUGCUAGAUCGAUUCCCCCAGCUGCGGUCAAUUGAACCAUCCCGAACUUCCAGCAACACAGCUCGCCGUUCGCGCGAGAAGAUUCAGCGCCAUGUCCGGCACCUGCAUCUCGCUGUCAGGCUCGACGCAAUGCGCCGCCUUUAAUGUUUCCUCUAUUUCCACCAACCCUACUCUUUUCACUGAUUUUCCUUUUCUACGAAAUGUCUCAAAUCUGGAAGAUUUUGACCGUGAACUCAACAGUUACGUACUGGGAUCGUAUGUUGAAAGCAAAUAUUCCGUCUUUCUGGGUUGCCAAGGGAUCGACCUCUCCAACACCAGUGACUACUAUGCACGCUACACCACAAGUACCAUAUGCAAUGGACUAGUGCAAAGGUCUGGAGAUGACUGCGAGCUCUCGGAGGACCAGCUACGGCCUCUCUGCGCCGAUGAUUGCGCGUUGAUGGCUAUAAGCGAGGGAGAUAUUGUGGUUAGCGAUGAGCUCUGCCCCAACAGGCGGAGCGACUAUGAGGACCAGAUUCGGUCAGAUUUCUCGGUCUGCACGGGACCGGUGAAAGCUCUUUCUGGAACAUGCAUUUCGGCCGCCGACAAUGAGCCCAGCGAAUGUGGCUAUCGAAACAACGUCAUUGGACUAUGCAGAUUUUGCCAAUAUAGCACCGUCAAUGCGACUGAUUCCUGCUGCGUAAAUGCGAAUGCCUCAAGCCGAUGCGAGAAUGUUGAUAUUCCCGACUCCUCAAUAUCCUUUGUUCCCACCUUUACAUCAACAUCCGACCCAACUGCAGACGAUGACUCUGGCGACGGCUUAUCCGGUGGACAGAUAGCCGGGAUUGUGAUAGGUGCCGUUGCUGGAUUUGCUCUUUUAGCCGCGUUGAUCGCCUUUGGUUUGAUCUACUUUUACCGACGAAGACGCGGGGCCGGAGAUGACAGCUCCUUGAACAAACCCAAUCCGCAAAGGAAAGGCUCUCCUAUGCAGCAACCUGGAACUCAGCCCAAUUUUGCCGCCGCCCCUGGACGUGUCGCCCGCAUGUCUGCUUUGCGCGAGGUUCCUAGUUCCUCCCCAGGCCGCUCGCGUAACUCUACAAACUUCUUUGGAAGCGCCAAAUAUAGUGACUCCUCCGACUCCGAGGGCUUUGCGAGCCCAGGAGCAAUGAACAAGAAGAUUCCACCUACCACCGGAAAGCGUCAAGGAUCCCUUUCCAGCAACUCUGUACUAGCGGGUGCGGGUAGCGACACAUCUCCUCGAUCUGGUACCAUCGGGCAAUACUCCUCUCCAGAAGGAUUGACCAGUGGUCAAUCGGAGCAACUUUCCUCUUUCCAGGACUAUUAUUCGCAGGACGACAUUCAUCCCGGCGACAAGGUUGCAGUGCUAUGGGCGUACCAACCGCGAGCUGGCGACGAGUUCGGCCUAGAACGUGGCGAGAUGCUGAAAGUGAUCGGCAUAUGGGACGACGGAUGGGCAACAGGAGUUCGCGUGCCCGAGAGUGCGGAAGAAUAUGAGGCUAGACAUCGCGAACAGCGCGACAGUGGUGUUUCCAGUGGUUCGCAGAGAACGUCUCCAGCCCCGAGCGGCGAAAUCAAGGCGUUCCCCUUGGUUUGCGUUUGCCUUCCCCAGCACUGGAGCAAGAUCAUUGAUGGUGGACAAGGCGACGAUAGUCCCUGAACACCAGCAGAUAAACAUGCUUCUUUUCCUUGCUCAGAGCAUCCUGUUUACGCCUUCAUGAUAACGCCUUUUGCCCUUGUCUAUGAUUUUGCGCAGCAGUGUCCUCCAUUGUCCAGUUGGGCCGGUUUCUCUCACCUGACCGACAGAACUGCCUUUGCUGUCAAUAGGCAGCGAGAUGCCAAAUCUCGCGGUCUGCCUCCAGCAUGAUCACCGGUCGGCCACCGUCCACCGUCCUCAAUAUCCCCUGGAUGUGUCAGAGACGUCGUUUUCUUUCCUAGCGCCUACUUUAUAUACCCACUUCUUAUGCGGUCAAUAUGCUCUUCUUUUGUUAGACAUGCCAUUCUCGCGGUACAUCUUCAAUCCGCACUCUCAGCACGGCACGCGCUUGAAAUCACCGAUCUCGUGCCCUGAUGCGCAUCAUUCCAGAGAGGACUUUCUAUUCAUCAGAUAUCAGUGGCAAUUUUUCCGCCUCGAUCUUGUCCGUUACCGCUAUAAUUGGACUUCUUUCGUACAUAUUGAUCUGUGUACGCAUGCUUAGCUUUUUAGACCUGCAAUCAAAGAUUAUUCAAACUUCGGUCAAUCUGACCGCUCAUCCCGCACAGUAACGUACU